CCGAUCCUGAAACAGGCAACAAUUUUCUAUUCCAAGGGCCAGCCAUCUUAUCCUCACCCGACUAAGGGUACCACCAACACACCACCAUCUGUUCGGCACAAUGCCUCGCUGGAAUCGCAAAAAGAAAUCCCAGGCGAAAGAUGAGAUCCCAAACAGCAGUAAUCCCGCGGUGGUGCCAUCCGACAAUUUGACGGCCGUCGGCUCCCUCCGCGCGGUGUCUAGUAAUCCCUCCGAUGCGUCAAAAUAUGCUGAAUUGGAUCCCACCGAGCUUCGAAAGCUGGCGAAGCAGCAUGCCGAAUUCGGCCCGCUCGGGGAUCCAUCGCAUCUUUACAAAAGUGAGCAUCCGGGCGGCGAGAUACCGGACCCGGUGCUUGAUGAACCCCCCUACUUUAUUGCCUUGACGACGUAUAUCAGCUUCCUGGUUCUCAUUUUCUUGGGUCACUUUCAUGACUACUUCGCGAAGUGGUUCCGCUCGCAUACGUACCGUCACUUGAGGCCUCAGAAUGGGUACGCGUCGCUGUACAGUGAUUUCGAGAGCUUCUACACGAGACGUCUUAAACAGAGAAUUAAUGAUUGCUUCGAACGGCCUACGACGGGUGUUCCCGGCAGGUAUAUCACCCUGCUUGACCAGACGUCAGAGGACAAUCUCCAUUUCCAGCUUACGGGAACGACGACCGAUACCCUGAAUUUGAGCUCGUACAACUAUCUCGGGUUUGCUCAGUCCGAGGGACCUUGUUCUGACUACGCAGAAGAGACUAUUCGCCGGGAUGGUAUCAGCAUGGCGGGAUCGUGUAGCGAGGCGGGGACGUCAAAACUCCAUCUCGAGGUAGAGAAUCAGAUUGCCAGGUUCGUCGGAAAGGAGUCUGCAAUUGUCUACUCGAUGGGCUUUGUCACCAACGCUACCAUCUUCCCCGCUCUUGUCGAACGGGGCUGCCUGAUCCUGUCGGACGAGCUCAACCAUGCGUCUAUUCGUUUCGGUGCCCGUCUCUCGGGUGCUGCCAUUCAGGUCUUUGCACACAAUAACAUGGCUGACCUUGAGAAGCGCCUGAGAGAAGCAAUCUCCCAAGGUCAGCCACGCACACACCGGCCAUGGAAGAAGAUUCUUGUCACUGUCGAGGGUCUUUUCUCUAUGGAAGGCACUAUGUGCAACCUUCCUAGAAUUCUCGAGCUCAAGAGACGAUACAAAUUCCACCUGUUUGUUGACGAGGCUCAUUCGAUCGGUGCCGUCGGACCCCAUGGACGUGGUGUCUGUGACUACUUCAAGGUUGACCCUGCCGAGGUCGACAUCCUCAUGGGCACUUUCACUAAAUCCUUUGGCGCCAAUGGGGGCUACAUUGCCGCUGACAAGGCGAUCAUCGACAAAGUGCGCUUUACAAACGCCGGUCAGGUUUUUGGCGAAGCACCGGCGCCUUCAGUUUUGGCACAGAUUUAUUCUUCCCUUCGCCUCAUUGCCGAUGAGGACCCCCUUCACCCUGGCCAGGGUAUCGAGCGAGUGCAGCGACUGGCCUUCAACUCCCGGUAUUUGAGACUCGGACUCAAGAGGCUUGGAUUUAUUGUUUACGGACACGACGACUCACCGAUUGUUCCCCUCAUGCUCUACAACCCUGCUAAGAUGCCGGCCUUUUCCCACGAAAUGUUACGGCGUAAGAUCUCCGUCGUCGUCGUAACCUACCCGGCAACCCCGUUGGAGCUUUCUCGUGCACGGUUCUGUGUGUCCGCUGCGCACACCAAGGACGAUCUCGACCGCAUUCUGCGGGUAUGCGAUGAGAUAGGAGAUGCCCUAGAACUGAAGUACUCGACCGGUGUUGCCGGCGGUUUGAGGGACCCUCCGUCCGACGAAGACCUCAAGGGAGGUAAGAAGGCGAUUGAGCCUCCUCGCUGGAAUAUCGAAGAAGUCAUCGAGAAAGGUACUCGAGACGCUAAGUUGCCUCUGUACUGAAGAACACGACACAGGGACACCAUUUACUGCCUGUUCACAUCUCACCUCGACGCUGUAACGAAAGCCGGCCAUUUUAUCUUCUACUCUGAAACAUUUCUGAAUAUGUAUAAUACGCUGAGAUGAUCGAGCACAAGAACAUAUAGUAUAAUAUUAAUAGUAAUGACAAUCAACUUCAUUCUACCCUCA